UUAAUUUUGAAGGUGAUAUUUCCAAAUUUGUAGGGUACGUUGUACAUUUAAAUAUCUAGGUGAAGGUGAGCUCACGGUUCAAUUGUUCAAACUUCAAACCAUGGAUUUCACUCUGCUAGCAGCCAUUGUAGCAGCUUUGGCUACCACUUCUCUACUACUCGUCACUUUCAUCUACAACAUGAUCUUAAUAUUUCAGAAAGGGUCGAGCCAGAAACCACCCCAAGCAGGCGGAGCCUGGCCAAUAAUCGGUCAUCUCCACCAACUCGCCGCCCCAGGAGCGACCUACAAAAUCUUGGGUGAAAUGGCAGACAAAUACGGGCCUAUUUUCCGAAUAAGGCUUGGCGCACAACAAGUGUUGGUUGUGAGUGACUCGCGAAUUGCCAAAGAAUGCUUUACCACCAACGAUAGAGUGCUGGCUGGGCGGCCCAAGUCCAUAGCUUCGGAGAUCAUGGGAUACAACAAUGCCAUGUUUGGGCUGGCUCCGUACGGUGAGUACUGGCGCCAUGUCCGCAAGGUUGUCGUGGUUAAGCUCCUGUCCAACAGCCGUCUUGAGGUGCUCGGGAGGGUUUUUGAAUCGGGAGUAAAAUCAUUUACCAGAGACAUCUACCGAAGUUGGCUGAGGGACAAGAAUGAAACCGAGAAUAAUGUAAAGCUGGACAUGAAGGAGUGGUUUGGGAAAUUAAUCAUCAACUUCACGAUGCAGAUGCUUUUUGGUAAGCGGUACGAGGAAGAAGGGACAGUGGUGACUACGGUGAGGAGAUUCUUUGAUCUGCUGGCAACGUCUGCUGUAGGUGAUUACCUGCCAUGGCUAAGAUGGUUGGACAUAGGAGGACAUGAGAAGGCCAUGAAGGAGACAGCCAAAGAGAUGGACACCAUAUUGGAAGGUUGGCUACAAGAGCACAAAAGAAAAAGAAAUAAUAAUACGAAAUCUAACGAGGAAGAAGACUUCAUGGAUGGACUGCUGUCCAGUUUUGAGGAUGACAAAGAUAUUCCUAAAGAUUUCGAUGCAGACACAAUUUUGAAAGCCACUUGCAUGGUUGUGAUGGCAGCAGCUACCGAUACAAUUACAAUAACAUUAAUAUGGGCGCUCUCUUUAAUAUUGGACAAUUAUAAUGUGUUGGACAAGAUUCGAGCAGAGAUAGAGACCCAUGUUGGAAGGGAAAGGCAUGUAAACCAAUCUGACUUAAGUAACUUGACUUAUCUUCAAGUGGUGCUCAAAGAGACUUUACGUUUAUAUCCUCUUGGUCCUCUCUUAUUGCCGCAUGAAUCUGUAGACGAUUGCAUGGUCAAUGGCUACUGCAUCCCAAAGGGUACACCCGUAUUGGUGAAUAUUUCUAAGGCUCAUCGCGAUCCAAAUUUUUGGUCAGAUCCGAAUGUGUUUAGGCCGGAGAGAUUCAUGAGUGAACACAAAAAGAUCGAUGUCAGGGGCAAUCAUUUUGAGCUAAUUCCAUUUGCCAGUGGAAGGAGAAUGUGUCCUGGGAUUUCUUUAGCACUACGAGUGUUGGAGUUGGCCAUGGCUAAUCUUAUUCAUUCCUUUGAUUUGAAAAGAAUUUCAAAUGAGGCUAUAGAUAUGACAGAGAGUGCUGGAUUGAUAAAUUCGAAGACAACUCCACUCUAUGCUUUUCUUACUCCACGCCUGCCCUCACAUCUCUAUGAUUAGAGAGUCUAAUUGUGGAAUCUAAGGAAGAAGUGUGUUUACUAUGAAUCUUGAAAACAUGCAUUUACCACUUUUCUUUUGCAAUAUGCUGGUAAUAAUAAGAUUGUACAUUGUGAACAUUAAUGUGUAAUGUAUGUAUUGAUGUGUGACCAUUUUGCUUAUGAUAUAUGAAUACUAUUGUGAUA